AUGGCGGAGACUUUCGCAUUCAAUGCAGACAUCCAACAGCUGAUGAGCUUGAUCAUCAAUACCUUCUACUCCAACAAGGAGAUCUUCCUGCGAGAGCUCAUCUCCAAUGCCUCGGAUGCUCUGGACAAGAUUCGCUACGAAUCGAUCACGGAUCCAGACAAGAUCGAGGCGCAGCCCAACUUCUUCAUCAAAAUCAUCCCGGACAAGACCAAUUCGACUUUGACCAUCGAAGACUCCGGCAUCGGCAUGACCAAGAACGAACUGAUCAACAACCUCGGGACCAUCGCCAAGUCUGGCACCAAAGCCUUCAUGGAGGCCAUGGCGGCCGGCGGCGACAUCUCCAUGAUUGGCCAGUUCGGCGUCGGCUUCUACAGCGCAUACCUCGUCUCGGACAAGGUCCGCGUCGUCAGCAAGCACAACGACGACGAGCAGUACAUCUGGGAGAGCGGCGCCGGCGGAUCCUUCACCGUGCAGAAGGACACCGAGCUGGUGCACGGCGAGAUCAAGCGAGGUACGAAGAUUAUCUGCUACCUCAAGGAAGACCAGUCCGAGUUCCUGGAGGAGCGACGCUUGAAGGACUUGGUGAAGAAGCACUCCGAGUUCAUCGGCUUCCCCAUCGAGCUGUACGUGGAGAAGUCCAAGGAGAAGGAGGUGACUGACUCCGAGGAGGAAGAGGAGGAGAAGAAGGACGAGAAAGAGGGUGACGAGCCCAAGAUCGAGGAAGUGGAUGAGGAGAAGGAGAAAGAGGAGAAGAAAAAGAAGACCAAGAAGGUGAAGGAGGUCUCGCACGAGUGGGAGCAGCUGAACAAGAACAAGCCUCUCUGGAUGCGCAAGUCCGAAGACGUCACCAACGAGGAGUAUGCUUCCUUCUACAAGUCGCUGUCCAACGACUGGGAGGACCACCUCGCGGUGAAGCACUUCAGCGUCGAGGGCCAGCUGGAGUUCCGUGCGCUGCUCUUCGUUCCCCGCCGGGCGCCCUUUGACCUCUUCGAGAGCAAGAAGAAGCGCAACAACAUCAAGCUGUAUGUGCGUCGUGUCUUCAUCAUGGACGACUGCGAGGAGCUGAUGCCAGAGUGGCUGAACUUCGUGAAGGGCGUGGUGGACUCGGAGGACCUGCCUCUGAACAUCUCCCGCGAGACCCUGCAGCAGAACAAGAUCUUGCGAGUCAUCAAGAAGAAUCUUGUGAAGAAGUGCCUCGAGAUGUUCGCAGAGAUCGCUGAGAAGAAGGACGACUACAAGAAGUUCUACGAGCAGUUCGGCAAGUGCCUGAAGCUGGGCGUCCAUGAGGACUCCACGAACCGCACCAAGUUGGCGGAGCUCCUCCGGUACCACACCUCCAAGUCUGGAGACGAGCAGAUCAGCCUGAAGGAGUACGUCGACCGCAUGAAGGAGGGACAGAACGACAUCUAUUACAUCACAGGUGAGAGCAUCGCGUCGGUAUCUUCCUCUCCUUUCCUGGAGACCCUGCGAAAGAAGGGCAUCGAGGUGCUUUACAUGAUCGACCCCGUCGACGAGUACUCUGUGCAGCAGCUGAAGGAGUUCGAUGGCAAGAAGCUGAAAUCCACCACGAAAGAGGGUCUGGACAUCGAGGACGAGGACGAGAAGAAGAAGCUGGAGGAGAUGAAGGCCGAGUUUGAGCCUCUCACCAAGCUGAUGAAGGAAGUCCUCGGAGACAAGGUGGAGAAGGUCAUCGUUAGCUCUAGGAUGGCCGACUCCCCUUGCGUGCUGACCACCUCCGAGUACGGCUGGUCUGCCAACAUGGAGCGCAUCAUGAAGGCCCAGGCGCUGCGCGACAACUCCAUGACUUCCUACAUGGUCUCCAAGAAGACCAUGGAGGUGAACCCGAAGCACUCCAUCAUGUCGGAGCUGAAGAAGAAGGCCGCUGCCGACAAGUCUGACAAGACGGUGAAGGACCUGAUCUGGCUUCUCUUCGACACCUCCCUGCUCACCUCAGGCUUCAACCUGGACGAGCCCACCCAGUUCGCUGGCCGCAUCCACCGCAUGAUCAAGCUCGGCCUGAGCAUCGACGAUGACGAUGAGGGCCUGGGCGAUGACGAUGACCUGCCCCCGCUUGAGGAAGUCGAGGGCGCGGCCGACGAGGCCUCCAAGAUGGAGGAGGCAGAGUCUGGCGAGAAACCUGAUUCAGAGGAUCGACUGCGAAGAGAAAGCUUGAUCAUCAAUACCUUCUACUCCAACAAGGAGAUCUUCCUGCGAGAGCUCAUUUCGAAUGCCUCGGAUGCUCUGGACAAGAUUCGCUACGAAUCGAUCACGGAUCCAGACAAGAUCGAGGCUCAGCCCAACUUCUUCAUCAAAAUCAUCCCGGACAAGACCAAUUCGACUUUGACCAUCGAAGACUCCGGCAUCGGCAUGACCAAGAACGAACUGAUCAACAACCUCGGGACCAUCGCCAAGUCUGGCACCAAAGCCUUCAUGGAGGCCAUGGCGGCCGGCGGCGACAUCUCCAUGAUUGGCCAGUUCGGCGUCGGCUUCUACAGCGCAUACCUCGUCUCGGACAAGGUCCGCGUCGUCAGCAAGCACAACGACGACGAGCAGUACAUCUGGGAGAGCGGCGCCGGCGGAUCCUUCACCGUGCAGAAGGACACCGAGCUGGUGCACGGCGAGAUCAAGCGAGGUACGAAGAUUAUCUGCUACCUCAAGGAAGACCAGUCCGAGUUCCUGGAGGAGCGACGCUUGAAGGACUUGGUGAAGAAGCACUCCGAGUUCAUCGGCUUCCCCAUCGAGCUGUACGUGGAGAAGUCCAAGGAGAAGGAGGUGACUGACUCCGAGGAGGAAGAGGAGGAGAAGAAGGACGAGAAAGAGGGUGACGAGCCCAAGAUCGAGGAAGUGGAUGAGGAGAAGGAGAAAGAGGAGAAGAAAAAGAAGACCAAGAAGGUGAAGGAGGUCUCGCACGAGUGGGAGCAGCUGAACAAGAACAAGCCUCUCUGGAUGCGCAAGUCCGAAGACGUCACCAAUGAGGAGUAUGCUUCCUUCUACAAGUCGCUGUCCAACGACUGGGAGGACCACCUCGCGGUGAAGCACUUCAGCGUCGAGGGCCAGCUGGAGUUCCGUGCGCUGCUCUUCGUUCCCCGCCGGGCGCCCUUUGACCUCUUCGAGAGCAAGAAGAAGCGCAACAACAUCAAGCUGUAUGUGCGUCGUGUCUUCAUCAUGGACGACUGCGAGGAGCUGAUGCCAGAGUGGCUGAACUUCGUGAAGGGCGUGGUGGACUCGGAGGACCUGCCUCUGAACAUCUCCCGCGAGACCCUGCAGCAGAACAAGAUCUUGCGAGUCAUCAAGAAGAAUCUUGUGAAGAAGUGCCUCGAGAUGUUCGCAGAGAUCGCUGAGAAGAAGGACGACUACAAGAAGUUCUACGAGCAGUUCGGCAAGUGCCUGAAGCUGGGCGUCCAUGAGGACUCCACCAACCGCACGAAGGUGGGAUACAUAUUUGCAUUGAACUGGUUUCUUGAGUGUGUUCGCUUCCGGAAGGAGUACGUCGACCGCAUGAAGGAGGGACAGAACGACAUCUAUUACAUCACAGGUGAGAGCAUCGCGGCGGUAUCUUCCUCUCCUUUCCUGGAGACCCUGCGAAAGAAGGGCAUCGAGGUGCUUUACAUGAUCGACCCCGUCGACGAGUACUCUGUGCAGCAGCUGAAGGAGUUCGAUGGCAAGAAGCUGAAAUCCACCACGAAAGAGGGUCUGGACAUCGAGGACGAGGACGAGAAGAAGAAGCUGGAGGAGAUGAAGGCCGAGUUUGAGCCUCUCACCAAGCUGAUGAAGGAAGUCCUCGGAGACAAGGUGGAGAAGGUCAUCGUUAGCUCUAGGAUGGCCGACUCCCCCUGCGUCCUGACCACCUCCGAGUACGGCUGGUCUGCCAACAUGGAGCGCAUCAUGAAGGCCCAGGCGCUGCGCGACAACUCCAUGACUUCCUACAUGGUCUCCAAGAAGACCAUGGAGGUGAACCCGAAGCACUCCAUCAUGUCGGAGCUGAAGAAGAAGGCCGCUGCCGACAAGUCUGACAAGACGGUGAAGGACCUGAUCUGGCUUCUCUUCGACACCUCCCUGCUCACCUCAGGCUUCAACCUGGACGAGCCCACCCAGUUCGCUGGCCGCAUCCACCGCAUGAUCAAGCUCGGCCUGAGCAUCGACGAUGACGAUGAGGGCCUGGGCGAUGACGAUGACCUGCCCCCGCUUGAGGAAGUCGAGGGCGCGGCCGACGAGGCCUCCAAGAUGGAGGAGGUCGACUAG